AUGAGCAGCUCCAGCUACCCGACGGAUCCGUCGCCCAUGCUGCCGCAGUCGGCGCUGACGCAGGCGGCGGCGGCUGCAGCAGCGGCGAUGCCCUUCGGCCUGGGCGGGGGCGACUCGCCCGACGCGUCGGGCUUCCCUGUGCAGCUGCCGCUGUCGCCCAACCUCAUGCGCAACCUGGGCGACCGGUCGUACGACAAGCGCAAGGGCGCGGCCAUGGAGCUGGAGAACCUCAUCAAGCAGCUGCAGGAGAACGCGGCCUCCAUCGAGUUCCACCAGCAGCACCAGCUGCAGCUGAUCCACGCGCAGGACUCGCCCAGUUCGAGACUCAACUCGGACGUGGGCGCGUCGGGCACCGAGAGCGAGCGCAGCGUGGACACGGGCGCGCCCCUCGGGGCCGCCUCCAACCCGAGCCGCCAGCGCAUCCCGGCCAUCAUCGAGCUGCUGGGCAACGACUUCGCCUGCUCGUCCAACGCCAACCACCGCAAGGGCGGGCUCAUCGGGCUGGCGGCCACGGCCAUCGGCCUCAUGCACGACGCGCACCUGUACCUGGACAAGCUGCUGCCGCCCGUGCUGCACUGCUUCGACGACCCGGAGAGUCGCGUGCGCUACUACGCGUGCGAGUCGCUGUACAACAUCGCCAAGGUGGCGCGGGGCCAUAUUUUGCAGUACUUUAACCAGAUCUUCGACGGACUGUGCAAGCUCUUCGCGGAUGUGGACGUGGACGUGAAGAACGGAGCCAACCUGCUGGACAGACUGGUGAAGGACAUUGUCACCGAGAGCGAGUACUUCGACGUGGACAUGUUUAUCCCCUUGCUGCACAAGUACAUUAGGAUGACCAACCCGUACAUCCGCCAACUGCUCGUCGGCUGGAUCACGGUGCUAGACUCGGUGCCCGACAUUGACAUGCUGGACUGGCUGCCCGAGUUCCUGGACGGACUGUUUAACAUGCUGAGUGACGGCAAUCGAGAGAUCCGGCAGGCUGCGGACAGCGCGCUGGCGGAGUUCCUGAGGGAGAUCAAGCAGACGGACGACGUGGAGUUCGGACGCAUGGUGGACAUUCUCGUGGGACAGUGCAACAGCAAGGAGAGGUUCAACAGGCUGACGGCGGUGAGCUGGGUGCAGGAGUUCGUGAACCUCGGACGCGAGAAGCUCGUGGAGUUCUACGCUGACCUGCUGGCGGCCAUCAUGCACUGCAUCUCGGACGCUGAGCACGAGAUUCGGCAGGUGGCGGAGCGCGCGAACGACGACUUGUUGCAGCUCGUCAAGUCGACGACGGAGGACGUGGAGUUGCUGCCACUCAUGCAGAAGCUCACGUCCGAGCUGAGUAGCGACCACGUGCCAACGCGGAUGGCUGCGCUGCGGUGGAUCUCGAUGCUGCUGGAGAAGUACCCGAACCAACUGUCGGCGCAUAUUGGUCAGCUGCUGCCGGCCUUGCUUCGGACUCUGUCGGACAUCUCGGACAGCGUGGUGCUGCUGGAUCUUGAAGUGCUCGCGCGCAUCUCGCUCAACAAAGUCGAGUUCGAGAAGGUGCUGAACUCGAUUCUUCUGCUGUUCGCUCAAGACCGACGCUUACUGGAGAUGCGAGGAAGCAUGAUCGUGCGUAAAUUGUGCGUGCUCUUGGACUCGAAGAGCAUCUACCUCAUUUUUGCCAAGGUUCUGGGGACCGAAGCUGUCUAUCUGGAUAGUCAAGCCGACAGUGAGUUCGCUGCCGUUAUGGUGCAGACCCUCAACCUGAUUUUGCUAACCGCUAACGAGCUGGAGCACCUCCGCGACAUUUUGCGCCGCAGCUUCCAGCCACGCGCGUCUGAAGACGACGUUCAAGUGUUCACGGCGCUCUUCCGUUCGUGGUGUCAUAACCCAAUCGCGGCUUUCAGUCUCUGUCUGCUCGCCCAGUCCUACUCGUUAUCGGCAGCGCUUAUCAGCAAGUUCGCGGACAUCGAUGCGUCCGUGGGGUUCCUCAUGCAGAUCGACAAGCUCGUCCAGCUGCUGGAGUCACCGAUCUUCAUUCACAUGCGGCUACAGCUUCUCGAGAUCCAGGAGGACUACCACACAGAUUUGGUCAAAAGCCUGUAUGGAUUGCUGAUGCUGUUGCCACAGAGCGCCGCGUUCCGUGUGCUACGGGAUCGCCUUGCGAGCGUGACGAGUAUGGCCACGGCCAUUGGCCGUAUAGACUUGAAUGGCGACUCACGGCGGGCUCGCAAGACCGGAGAAGCGCCAUCCAGCACGUCAAGCAACGACGAUCCGGCGUCCUCAACAUCAGGUGUUCCACGUAUCGAUGCCGAUGCGCUGCUUGCUCACUUUGAUGCGGUUCAAACGAAACACACAGAGCUGCGAAGAAAAGGAAUGUACGAGAAAUCACUCGCAAAGGAGCAGAACGGCGGCAACUAA